UUCGCACACAAUCCAUAACAGCAAGCAAGUAUCUGAGAAGAAUGAAUAUUGACUCAUAGCAAUGAAAAACAGAACACAGCUUCCAUUCUUUCUUAGAAAUGAGUAGAAAAAGAAGAAAAAGCUGCAAGAGCAGAAAGAGCUCUGAUUCCAGAGAUUCCAGAGAAUAUGAACAGUUGUCAUCCAUUUUUAAAUGCCAGCAAAGUGUGGGAAGCCUUGAAAGCAAAGUACAUGAGAACCUGUCCCACUUCACAGAGCCACUGGAGGUAAAGGGUGCUGAAGAAGAUGGAAAAAAUCAUGAAAACAAGAAUCAGAGUAAUUCAUAUGCUUCUGAAGAUAGAGAUAGUGAAAAAGAAGGGAAGAAGAAAAAUAACUGCCCUCCUAAAAUGCUCUCCCCUCAGCAAGAUGAAAUCCUAGCUACACUGACUUUUGGUGAGUCAGGGGGCUCAUCCAAAGGAAAAAUUACACUAUGGGGCAAGCCAGAUUCUACAGAGUCCAUUAGCUUGGCCUCUGGAAAAAUUUCUGCAGAAGUAAAAUGUGGCUCUUUUAAUGUGAAAGUAGAAAUUAAGAACGUUCCUUUAUUUGAUUCUGGAACAAAAGUUGUGAACGAAAAAAGGAAAAAUUCAAAGAAUAAGAAACAUUGUCAUGAAAGACAAUACCAGAAAAGUCAGUUUUCAAAAUGUUCAAAGUACCGGUGCCCUUCACCUGACAACUCAGCAGAACACGAGGAGAAAUAUAAAGGAUCCUCUAAACAUAAAGUUCAAACUGCCAUCAACAAAAGUGCCUCCCUGGAAAUAAACAUUGAAACAAAAGAAAUUCAAGUGGAAUAUACCAGCAGAAAGAAAAAUAUCAAGGUUAACAUCAAAGCUGGUGAGCAGUCACAGAGCAAAGCAUGCAAUGGGGAACAAGAAGAUAGGUAUUGGAGUGAAACAGAUUAUUCUGUAAAAGAGGCACUGUGUAACACAAAUUAUGAGUCAUCUCUUAGCUUUCACAAAAAAGCAGAUUAUACAUUCCCAGAUGGAUAUACAAUUCUCCCUCCACCUAAAGAAUUUGCUGAUUGUGACAAAAUGCACCUGGAUACAAUUGCAGAAGGGGUAUCUUUGUACCCUGUUAAUAGCAGAAAGGAAUCUGACAGCCUCACUACAGCCUUGAGUGUUUGGGGAGAAGAAAAUAGUUUCUGUAAACCUAACACAAAGGGGUAUGAAGACCACACCAAUGAAAAGGAAGAUUUUUCAAAGGAUAAAAUAUAUUUCUCAAAAAUAAAUAAUACUAAUUGUCUUGUACCUAUAAAUAUCGUGCAAAUUCCAAACAAUAGGAAGAAAUGUGCUAGCAAGAAUAAUGUAUUAGGUCAAGAAAGAAAUAACUGUGACAAAUACCGAGACACAGGGCCAAAAGCAGCAAGAAGGAAGUCUUUCCCAAAUACUACCCUGGAUUUACCAUCACCAGUUCACCCUAGAAGGGAUUCUGGCUUUUAUUCACUGCCAUCCUUAAAAGUAUUGCUUCAGGAGAGCAAAACAGGAGAUGUCUGUAACAGGAAUACACAUAUUCCUACAAAAUAUAAGGAACUUUUUAAGUGUCCUGACUUGACCUCCUCUCUGACAGAGCUUUGCAAGUUUCCUGACUUAACCUCCUCACUGGGAAAUUUGAGAACUCUGAAGUCUUCCUGUCAAUAUGCUAUUGCUCCAUUUAAUCAUAAUAUUACCGUUUAUCCAUCUGAGCGUGAAGAAGAUGUCUCUCUAGAUGGCACAUGUUUACUGAAUGACCACGCAGACUGUGUGAGGCAAGGUGAAGAAACAGAAGAAACAUUAAUGGAGAGUCUUCAUUCCAGUGGUACUAUACAUGACAAAAAAGAAAAUGGCCAUGAAAAACCUCUGGGAAACCUAGCCAUGUGGGAACAAGACCCUGAGUCUACUGAAGCUUUAGAGAAAGAGAAAUCAGAAUACAACCCUAUAGAAAAGCAUGUUGAAUGGCAGAACAAAGCUCACCUAGUAAAAGUCUCUCCACUUUCUAGAAGUCCUUCAGAUGAAUUCAUUAAUGACAAAGGAAGUAYUAAUUAUGCAUCUACGAAAAGCAUCCCAAAACAAUGUUCAGCUUUAGAGUUAAAUCAUGACCCUCAUUAUGCAGAGUCUGAGGUAACAAAUGAAAGGAGAGGGUCAGAACUGAUGGACUCUCCAGUGAUACCUGGAGAAGUAGAAGGAAGGCUCGUCCAAGAUGACACUGCAUUGACACCUGAGUAUUUUGUCUCUGCAGUAAGAAAAGAACCUAAACUUACCUGCAGUAAAAAAGAAAAAUCCUUCCUGUCAUCCUUGCUGUUAGAUCCCAAGGAGCAUGAUAUGGAUAAAGAAUUGGGAAGGUUUUCUGAGCUACAGGACAUAUCUGGGAAUAUCCUUGUUGAAUAUGAUUGCCAUAAUAAUUCAGCACAGGCUUCCAUAUUAUCUACCUCUUCAGCAUGCAAGGAAGAGAAAGAGAAUUUCACAGAACAUUCAAACAUUAAGAAACUAUUGGAGACCUCUUGCAGUAAGCAGGCAACUGAUGAAACUUUUAGGAGAGAGCCUGGAGCAAAUCAACUAUCUCUAUUAGUCAAAUCCGAGUUUGAAGAAAUCAAGUCAGAGUUUGAAAUGAAGGAAGAUUAUUAUGAGAAUGCAGAUAUCUCCCCAUCAUCAGUCAAACAGAUUAGUCAGAAAGACUUGAAAUCAGAAAUGAAUAAAACCAGAAAGCUACCUUUGAAGAAAGACACCAGAGCGAGUGACAGUUCCCAGGAAGAUGCAAUAGACCAGUGGGCCAGAAGACGGAAACAGUUCAAAGACAGUAAAAAAUGCAGUUCAACUGGAGGAAGUUCCAUAAACAGCACAAUCACUGAGGGAUCAAUAAAUUCAGAGGAUGCUCGAUCAGUAGAUCUGGGACUAUAUUCUGAAAAUGAGGACAGAGGUUUUUAUACAGAAAACUUUCAUUCUGCUUCCUGGGUUUUCAGAGGAGAUGAUGUCUCUCCAGAUAACAGUCCUAGAUGUCUCAGCAAAAGACCUAGACCAGUAGCAAUUCGAGAAAGAACAGUGAAGAUUGCUAAAGGGACUGGCAAUUACCCUUGGGGUUUCAGGAUCCAGUUCUCCAAGCCUAUCCUUGUGACUGAAGUUGACACAAAUAGUGCAGCUGAAGAAGCAGGGCUUCAAGUUGGGGAUAUGCUGAUAGCAGUCAAUGGAACUGAUGUCACCAGCAUGCCACAUUCAGAAGCUGCCAAUCUGGCCAGAAAAGGUCCUGAUAUCCUGACUAUGGUAGUGGGAUCAGACAUCAGCCGUUACCCCAACACCCCGAGACCUACCUGCCGAGGAUAUCUGCACAAAAGAACACAGUCUGCCAUACUGAAGGGCUGGAGGAAGAGGUGGUUUGUGCUGAAACAUAAUGGUUACCUACACUAUUACAAACAUAAGAAGGAUGAAGGGAAGUGCAGACCCCUGGAAAUAACAAAGCUGGAAGGAGCAGAAAUCAGUGUUGACACCAGUCUGGGUAAACCAUUUGUUUUUAAAUGUAUACCUCAAGCUGGAAACAGGAUUUUCUACUUCUGUGCAACUUCCAACCAGGAAAUGAAGAGGUGGCUGGAGGCUAUGGAUAAAGCUGUGCAUCCUGUCCAUCAGAACCAUGUGUGGGUAGAUGUCACACUGCAUAACACUACACUUCCACCAUUGGCUAUCAAGAACCCCGAGUGCCUGGGGCUUCUCCACCAGCUGGACAGGAGCAAAGAUGUCUGGGUUCAGCACUAUUGCAUUCUGAAGGAUGGCUGUUUGUAUUUUUAUGCCACACUCCGGUCUACACCUGCCCAAGGUGGCCUUUACCUGCAGGGCUAUAUUGUGACUGAACAGUCCCUGGGCUCCAAGAGAUCUGUGAUUGAGCUCAAGCCUCCAUCUGAAGAAUUUAAAACUUUUUACUUAUGUGCAGAGAAUGUAAAUGAAAACAAAAGGUGGAUUACAGCUUUGAAAGCUUCAAUUAAUAAAUGGUUACCCCUACACCAGGCAAUCCAAGAUUUCAUGAACAGACCACUGGAGGAGACAAGGAUGUGAGAAGAAAGCUCAGUUUUUCCCCUGUUUCUGUUUUGCACUUAAAAUUCCAUGCUGUAUCUUAUGAGUCAUCUCAUUAAAUGCUCUAGCAGCAGCUAAUCUUUAGCAUUGCCAUACAUUCACAGCUUUUGUAAGUAUUAGAAAAUAAAUGCAAAGCAAUGUUGCCUUCUUUGUCACUGUAUUUUGUUUUUCUACUUCAGCUCAGACAACACACAGAAUCUACUUUACAGCUAUGACCUGACAUAUAUUCCACAUACAUUUUGUACUCCCUGCUGGCAGUUUUUUGGGGGGGUUGUUGGGUUUUUUGAGUUUUGGAGGAUUUUUUUCAUCUGGACUCUUUGCAAAGUCUUCUGCUUUUUCAUCCAGAUGGUUCAUCUGUGAGUUUGCCUUUAAGUUUCUAGGUGUUGUGAUGCUUAAUGCUGAGACAAGCUGGGUUUAGUGAAGGGUUAG